CGCUAGGUCAAACCUGUUGUGCAAGAGUGACGCAGCGUCUCGAGAGCGGGUGAACCUCGUGAAUCUCGUGAAGGAACCUCGAGGCAGCGUGCCCACCACCCCGAGCCAGGCGUGCUCACGCGGACGCACAGAUGCUCGAGUCAAGCGCGCGAGGCACGACGCAGCGUCCGGCCGGGCCCGAUUCCAGGGAUUUCGCCUAGCGCUGCGUCCGAAACCUGGUGGCGGCCGAUCUCCGCGGUCGGUGGUGCCGAUGGACCUGAGGCAGCGCUCCGACGAAAGCGUCUGCGAGAUGGGACCAUGGAGCGGCCGACUGCGCGAGUACGCCGCCUACCUGGUUGGCAGUUAUCCCAGCCUGUGCCCGUCCGUGAACCAGCUCUUCUCGAACCUUCGCUACCUGCGAAGCAUCCUGAGCCAUCGCCGGGUGGACCACGACAAGUCGUGCACGGCCAGCGCAACCGAAGGCUGCUUCCUCAUCGCCGAGCUCUCCCUGUGGAAUGAAUUCCUGUGGGUCAUCAACUUCGAGCUGCGCGAAGUCAGUCCGGGACGGCUGGCCCUGGCUUGUCUACGGGGACGCGUGGUUCCGGUCGCCUCCAACAUGCAGCGCAGGCACUCGUUCGUGCUCGUCCACUGGCUACUCAUGGAGCAUCGGUGCAUCGAGUUCGUGGAGCUGUGCGAGUCGCGCAUCUCGCAAAACCAUUUUCUCUUCCGGGACGGCCUCCGGCUGAGCCGUAACCUGCGGCACGUCAAGCUCUGCUACUACCUGCUUGACGACUACCCGCCCAGGGACCUGAUGGACGCGCUCCGCUCCACCGUGGCCACGCUCGACACGCUGGAGAUCGUGAGUGUGCGCUUCUCGAGCGUCGGCAUGCACAUGCUCUGCGAGCUGCUUGCCAGCUGCGAAGCCUUGCGCGCGCUCGUGUUCCUCGAGAACUGGAUCGACGUUCCCGAGAUCGAGGCGCUGAUGCGCUGCUGCGCCGCCCACCGCAGCCUGCGCAAGAUUCACGUCGACGAGCUCUUCGUCACGGUUGACGCCUGCUACGUGCUGGCGGACCUGUUGUCUCGCAGUGCGGUCAUCGAUGAGCUGGUAGUGAGCCGCUGCGCCCCGGGAGCGUACGGGUCGCCCUACGGUUUCGCGGCGCUGUUCGCCGCAGUCGCCAACCGGUGUGCGCCGCUCGAAACGUUCGAGCUGUACAACUUCGAACUGAACGAGGUGGACCUCCGGGACCUUUCCAGGGCACUGAGCGGCCGAGCGAACGUGAAGAGACUGACCAUCAUGUGCACCGCCGCCUCCCCGGGUCUCUUCUUGUCCCUCGCGUCGGUGAUCUCGAACAACGCGACGCUCACAGAAAUUUACGUCAGCGGCCAACUGGUGCCUAGCGACAACUUUGAACACAUAGCGAAAGCGAUCGAGGGCAAUGUGACAUUGAAGAAGCUAUCAUUCAGCCAGGCGUGUCUCAGCGGCGAUGACGCCCUGCCGCUUGUACGCGCCCUGUCGGUCAACUGGACUCUAGAGCUCCUUAGUCUCGGUACGGUAACACAGCCGGGAUUGGCGAAUUUCUCAAAGCAGGUAAGCGACGGAGAACUGAGAAGCAGGAUAGAGUUCAACUGCUUCUGCGCGGCGACCGACGACCUAGUCGCAUGUCUGCAGCAAGGCCCGAAGACUUCGCACGUGAUAUUUGAACCAUCCGUUUCUCUAUCCUGGUCUCAACUCCAGGGACUUACCCGCGGACUCUGCGGGAACGCCUACCUCUCAAGCAUCGCGGUCCGGAUGAACGGAGUGAUCGACUCCAGCCUUGCUGUCCUGCUGUCCACGGUGUUCGCCAGCUGUCGCUACCUGCGUGACGCACAGCUCUCCUUCGCCACGGAGACAUCCGAGGCCGUGACGCUGCUGAGGGGGAUCGCCAAGAGCCGCAGCCUCGGCUCCCUCAUGUUCGGUGGCUGGACGUUCGAUUACCACGCGGCGACUGCCUUAAGUGACAUGCUGCGCACUAUGCGUACCCUUAACCAUGUCACGUUCGACGCGGUGUCGCCAGAGUCCGCCGUCUUCUUGAUGAUGGAGCUUCCGCGAGGCCUGGAAACGAAUUACACGCUCCUCAGCGUAAACGACUACGAAAAGCGCGACUACGAACAAAAUGCGUUCGAGAUACGUGAUGCGCUGCGGCGCAAUCUUUCUCUGCUGCAGCACGCGACGCGGUUCGUCGUGCCUCCGUGCUGCAACUCCAAGACGGCGGCCGCGGCGUUUGAGAAGGUGCGUGAGAGCCGGGCCCUACUUGCCAACGUGUCGACACUGGCGGGCCUGACCGAAGCCGAAGCGGCCGAGGCGAUCACGCGACGACGACGGUACCUCGACACGAACUUCCUGGCGCUCGCUGGUGUCGUCAGAGAUCGAGUCGAGUGCUGCCGUGACCCAGCCGGUGGUGACCGCUCUCGACAGCUGGAUGACAUUGACUUCGAUAGCUGGAUGAAGAUACGGUCAUACCUGAGCAUCGAUGACGUCUUGUAAUAGGUUGGACUGCGAUGUGAUGGGGGCUUCCACUGCCGCAGGACCUGUAUCGGGCUGCAUUGUGCCUCUGUGUCGACAGCAUUGCAUGGCAAUCCGACAUCAAGGCCAACAGUUUGGAGACAUCAAGAGAUCCAGGAAGUGCAGGACUCGGUGCACACCAAGGGAAAGCCGUGGUGUUAAGCGUGGCUUCUUGGUUAUGACCGCUGAAAAAUUUUCGCCUGCGAUGCGGGAUAAGGAAUAUUCGCAGGACGCAAGAUCUGUGACAAUGUCCUUGCUUCAACGCGAACGCGGUUGGCUCGCGGCAUUGCGCAUUGCACGAGCAGAGUAAA